AUGGAAGAACAGUUGUUAUAACCUGUUACUUAUGGAUCCGUGAUCUAUUUAUCGACAGAGAGCAAUCUGAAUAGUUUCAUGUUCAGCGAUGGAUUCAUGGAUAAGAGUGUGAAACUUAAGAGCUUUGAAUCCAUUUGCUAAGUGGAUUAUUAUGAUUUUUCUUUCAGCUUAUUCAUGGUACUUCCUUUUUCAAGCAUUCAAUCAUUCGAGCAUCAGGCCAAUGUGAUUCAGGAAUGGAGAAAGAAAUUGAUUGAUAAUAAUGAGAAUAAGCUGGAAAAAAGAAGAGAAGCAAUCUAAGAGAUGUGGAAUAAAUUAGAAUCAGAAUAUUAAUUCAAUUUGGGUGUUAUUCAGAAAAGUUAUAAUGCUUCUAUAUGCUUUGCGAGUAGUAACUUCAUGUUGUUGCACAUAAACUCCCUCAAAUUCCUCACUUUGUAUCAGGAUGACAACAACAAUCUAUUUCUUCAAUUAACCGAGAAUCCUGAUGAGUGUUGUUUCUUCAACUUUGAUCCCUCCUUGAAAUUGCAAAGAGGUAGGUCUGACAAUUUCGUAUACGAGGAUGAGAUUGUAUAUAUAGCAUGUGCAAAAAAAUACAGCGGCAAGUCCCCCUACUUGAGCAUAAUUUAAAAUGACACUAUUAUUGGUUUGAUAGAUUCAAAAGAGAAUUGGAAAGUCAAUAUCUACGAACAACCAUUCAAAGAGUCCACCUACAUGAGGGUUGGCUCCUGCGUUUGGAUCUUAAGUUCCGAAAUGCCUUUAUUCUUCACCUGCUAAAGACCUGAUGAUCCCUAUUAUCAAAUGUAUAUGACCUCCAAGAACCCCAAUUUCGCCAAGGAGAAAAAAGGCAUCUUGUAUGAGUGGCAGCAAAAUGACAAAAAGGAUUUGAAGGAACAAUUCCUUAAUUAGCCUCGAGAAUUGUUAUUGGAUGGAUUGCAAAUUCUAUUGACCCUAAUCAAAACACCUAAAAUUGGGUAGUCGGAUGAAUUAAGUCCUUUUGGCUUAUGGAAAAUAGAAUCCAAUAAUGUUAAGCUUGGAGGAGAGUUGAAAUGGGAUCAGACUUACAGAUUAAAGAACAUCAUUACAGGAUGUUAUUUGUCCGUCUAAGGGAGUCCCACCAAUGCCAGAUUAAUGCCAUAUAAUAGAGCGAAUACUAGUUCGAAAAAUGCUGAUUUUUCAUGCACUGAAUUUCGAUUCGUGCCCAUUGACAAUCUAAUUCAAUAUAAGGGAAAAACCAAGUCGAUUUAGAAGAUAUCGAAGGAUGCCUUUUUCAUGAUUCAACAUGCAAAAACUGGAUUGUGGGUGUCACUCAAUUAAAAUGAAGGCAUUCAACAGCCCAAUCUAUUAGAUUAUGUUAAGGAUAUCAAUACCUAUAGAUUUAGAGAAGCCUCCCUACAGUAAGUUUGGGAGACCUAUUGUAUUACUGCAAGUUAGAAGCUAUUAAUAAAAUUCGCAGAAUAUCCUAAAUCUGAUAUAGAGAGACAAUAAUUUGAUUUUCUGUUUGAAAGAGUUAAGGAGAUGAUUCAAUUUCUGAGUGAAUUCUUAACAAACAGUCAGGUUGCCAAUAUGAGUUUAGAUCAAGAGCCAUUAUAAGUGUGUAGAGGAAGAUAGGAUAGAUUCAAAGAAUAGUACUCCUUGGGUUUGCUUUGUUGGUUGCUGAUUGAGAUAUUCCCGACAUUGGAUGAAUUUGAACUUUAUCAGAUCAAUCCAGAUGAUGGAUCCAAAUGGACUCUUAAAAGAAGGAAAGGCCAUUCUAAGAUAUGUAUAAUCAUAUAAUAUUUCAAUAGAAAACACAUCCAUCAAACAGGAAACAGAAAUCAUCAAGAAAAGAUAUGA